CUUGAUCCUGCUAAGAUGCUUCAGAGUCUUAUUAAGAAUGUCUGGGUCCCCAUGAAACCCUACUGUACCCAGGUUUACCAGGAAAUUUGGGUAGGAAUGGGAUUGAUGACCUUCAUCCUCUAUAAAAUCAGGAGUGCUGAUAAAAGAAGUAAAGCUUUGGAAGGCUCCAGUCCUGCCCCUGCCCAUGGUCGUCACUAACUGCUCCCUGAGUCCACUCAAGAUGAAUCCUGUCGGCUAAACUUAAGCAAGCUGUGCUAGAUGGGAACAUGGAACAUCACUG